CGUUACCGAAAUUGAACGAAGAAACGAAGUAGUUGGCCCUCUGUCGUUGGAGGAAAGACAACAUUUACUGAGUUUGGAGCGUUCGGAGCUUUUCCUGCGACCUGCGGGGAUCAAUUAUGAUAUGGAUGGAUGCAUGAGAAGGAGUGGUUUGUGAUCCCGCCGGGAAAAACAAAUACAUUUGUGGUAAUUUGUGGCCUAAUCGCAUGAAUUGACCGAACUAUCUAUUGGAUGCUUUGCUGAUCCCCGAAAGUAAUGAGUGUGUAGAGGCAGAUCAGCUCACUGAAGUCGGCGUGAAUCUACCUGAGUUCCUGCAGGAGCAGCUCGCAGCGAGUUCUGCAUUUAAACAAAAGUCUGCAGUGAAACAAUGGAGCCAACAAGUGCUCCUAAAGGAUGUGAUCCCAGCAUCAACUCCAUCUAUUACAACCUGUGUGACCUGAAAACAGCCUGGGGAGUCGUGGUGGAGGCUGUUGCUGCUGCUGGUGUGGUGACUUCCUUUGUCCUGUUCAUCAUUCUCAUGGCCUCCCUACCCUUUGUGACAAACAAGAGGAGAAAAGGCAUGGUGGCUCUGCAGGCCAGUAUCUUAGUCUUCACGUUGGGACUUUUUGGACUUACUUUCGCCUUCAUCGUGGGCCCUUAUUCUACAAGCUGCUCCGCUCGGAGGUUCCUGUUCGGAGUGCUGUUCUCCGGCUGUCUGGCCUGCCUGGUCAUGCACGGGCUGUGGCUCGCUCUGCUGGAGCGGCGAGGCCGUGGGCCCAGGAGCUGGAUGUUGUGGCUAGGAGCGCUGGGGCUGUGGCUCGUUGAGGUGAUCAUCAACACUGAGUGGCUCGUCAUCACUGUGGUCCGAAUCCCACUAAGAGAAGAUCCUGACGUGUCCUGCAACAUUACCAACCAGGACUUCGUCAUGGCCCUCAUCUAUGUAAUGGUUCUGAUGCUAGCGGUCGUACUGAUGGCUUUUCCCUCACUGAAACACAAGCACAAACAGUGGCGCCGAGAUGGAGCGUUCAUCCUGACCACUGGGCUCUUCACCAUAGCAAUUUGGAUAGCUUGGAUUAGCAUGUAUGCCUAUGGAAACCUACAGGUUGGGAAUCCGAGCUGGGAUGACCCUACUCUGGCUGUAGGUGUGGUGUCAAAUGCCUGGAUAUUCCUUUUUCUCUACACAAUUCCAGAAAUUUGCCUACUGACACAAGCGGAUCCAGAGCAGGAGCAGCCCCCCGAUGGAGAGGACGUCUAUCCUGCAAGGAGCCUGGCGUAUGACACCAUCCUGAAGGAGCCAGAUGUGUACAUAGAGAACAAAGCUUUCUCAAUGGAAGAGCCCCAACCAGAACCCCCAAAAUCAACGUCUCCAUACGGGGGUUAUAAUGGUCAACUACCUUUACGAAGUUGUGUGUACCAGCCGACAGAAAUAGCCUUAAUUGCUAAAGGUCUGAGAACGAGGGACCAAAACACCAUCAUACCUCGAGUCACAGUCCCGUCUUUGCACCUGGGAAGCCGCAGGAACUCCCUGUCUCGUUCAGCGGAGUCCUUGACAUCUCAACCAAUUUCAUAGGUUGGCUGAUGUUCUUUUUGCUGCAGCUAGAUAAAUCUUAACUAGGGUAACCCAAUUUUCAGUGAUUCUUACACUUUUCAGAAGUGUGUACCAAUAUGAUGUAUAGUUGUAGCUGCUCUCAGACUUCCUCUUUUCUAGUGUACCGGCUUAAUGUUUGUUAUGUAAGCACGAGGGCACAAGUAAAAACUGACAUACCAACAAUAAUACACCUAGAUUUAUUUAAUUUAUGUAAUGUUGUAUGAACACUUUAAUAUCAAAACAUAUUGCCUUAGUUUUUUUGUUUUGUUUUUUACAUUUUGUGGCCUUUUUAUUGAAACUAUCUCUCCAUGUCAUCCAUGGUCCAAAGUAUAAAUCGGCUGUAAUCACUCAUUCUGUUGUUGGCCUCCAUAAAACGUAAUUUAUCCACAGGCUGUGUAAAAUGAUGUCUAAGAAUUGCUUAACUAUGUUCCUAUCACAAAUCUGUACCCUGUAAUAUGUUAAUCUAUUCAGUGCAGCAUAAUAUACUUUAUGUGCCUGAUGUUAGGAUUCCUACUUAGUCUGAAAGUAAAGAUUUGGUCAAGCCUUGGAUUAUUAAGAUGCCUUCUUUUGUUAAGUUGUACAUUCUAAGUUAUUAAACCCAUAAAAGUCAUCUAAAUCCCAUGCUGCUGUUGGCUCUUUGCACUGUAAAAGAUAACAACUCACAAGUGGGAAGCUUAAAGAGGAAGUGCCACCAGGAUUAUGGCAUUAUUCGGGGCCACAUAUUUACAUAUGUUUCUCUGAUACAUUCAAUUUGGAACAACACACUGUGGCCUACAGGCUUCAGCUGCUGCCUGGGAUGAAAAUGUUUCCACGGUACAGAGAAUUAUAUUUUGAGGCUGCUACUCUCAAAACAAAAACCACAGUAACUUCAAGUGAUCUGCUCUCAGCAGCAUUAAUUUAGUGCUGCAAUGUUCUAAGAAUAAGGUAGUGGAUUACAGUAUACUUUUAUUUGGUCGUAAUUGUCGAAAAAUGCCUUCAACCAGUAAGCACUGGCAACUGCUUUGCCUAACAAGAGUUGCCCACCUUCUGUACGGAUGUAAGUGCAAUUAUUUCCAUAUCAUUUGUCUCCCCCCUCACCGUCUCACACAAAGAUAAAGACAAUUAAAAGCGUCUGAGGCAGCCACGGCUGCCUAGCAGCGGGCCGAAUCGCCUCUCUCCAAAUUACACCCACAACCUUAUACCAUCAGCAGCAACGAGGGAAAUAAAUGAGGAAAUCAAAAAAAAAAAGUGUACAAAGGAACACCUGUGCAAAUUUUGAGCUUUCUUUCUGUAAUGCCUUGGGCCUUGAUCCCGUGCGUAGAUAUUAGGAGUGAUUAUCGGGUAUGCCAACAGAGCUUUUACACUUUUUAACUCCUCACAGGAUGAAAUGCACAGAUUAAUGACAUUAGCGGCCAAGUUUAGUGAGCACACUUUCCACCACAUUUGAUGUCUGUUAUAGCCUUGUCAAACAACCCGACUAGAAACAUCCAGAGGAAAAAAAAAAAAGGACAUCCAAACAUUUUUAACAAUGUCUUUUCUUCAUGUUUAAAUAAA